UAAAACGCCUCAUACUUCUUCUCUCUUCGACCUGGCGGUGAACCAAGAGUGGAUAGACGGACAAACGGGCAAAACCAUUAAUGUCAAAUCUGGAGUGUGGGCUCUGGAAGGCCUGCAUGCAUACAAAACACCACGUGGAACAGAGAGAGACCGGAAAAUAGAGACAGAAGUGGGAAGAAGAGUGGGAAGAAACAAAGUAAUAAUUACAAGGAGAUUUGAAAAGUGAAAACCUAAAAUACAACAACCUGGACUGUGGACAUAGACUGCAAUGAUGAUGGUGAUGAUUCUGAUCCUGUUAAUGAUUGUGACGAUAAAGACGGGAGCAGCAUCGGCGCCAGGCCCUGAGAUGGAUAUUAAACCUGGAGUUGAGACUGGCGUGGCCAAACGAACCGUGCACUUCUGCCACCAGCUGGGCUUCAGGGUCACAGAGAUUCCCUCCAACAUCUCCAGUAACACCCAAUGCCUGGAAGUUAAGCAGACGCAGAUCAGAGUGAUUCCCCAGGGCGCCCUCACCAGCCUGCAGCAUCUCAGGAAACUCACCAUAUUGGAGAACGAUAUGCUGAAGACCAUCAGUGCAUUUGCCUUCGCCAGCCUCCCUCAGCUCAUUGCAAUCUCCAUUGAUGGGAAUGUUGCGUUGGAGAGUAUAGGAGCUUUUGCUUUCUCUGAUCUCCCUGAACUCCGUGAGAUAACCAUAAGAAGGUCAAAACACCUUAGACACAUCCAUCCAGAUGCUUUCAAGAACAUCGUGAAACUACAGUAUCUGCUCAUCUCCUACUCCGGACUAAGAAUGUUUCCAAACUUCACCAAGAUCCACUCCAAGGCGCGCGGCUUUCUGGUUGACCUGCAAGAUAACAACCACAUAGAGAGAGUCCCCGCCAAUGCCUUCAGAGGCCUCUGCACUCAAACUAUCAUCAUACGGCUCAACAGAAAUGGCAUUAAGGAGGUGGCAAGUGACGCCUUCAAUGGCACAAAGAUGCACAGAUUGUAUCUGAGAGGAAACACACAGCUUACUCACAUCAAUCCCAACGCCUUUGUGGGUUCCAGUGAGUUGGUGGUACUGGACAUUUCUCACACAGCCCUCAGCUCCCUGCCAGACUACAUCCUCGGUGGACUCCAGGAGCUGAUCGCAGAGGCCGCCCACAAUCUGAAAAAACUUCCUCCUCUAGAGCUUUUCACCAAACUCCGCCAGGCCAACCUGACGUAUCCGUCACACUGCUGCCUCCUGCAAAACAUAAGCAGGAACAGAUCGAGUUGGCACACCCUGUGCUCUCACCCCGAGGCUCAGAAUAACCGUCAAUUCCAUAGAGACUACUGCUCCAACUCCACCUCCAUCACCUGCAGCCCAGCCCAAGAUGCCUUUAACCCCUGUGAGGACAUCAUGCCCUCCGUCCCCCUACGGGUCCUCAUCUGGAUCAUCUCUAUCCUCGCGCUGCUGGGGAACACAGUGGUACUUCUUGUCUUGUUAGGCAGCCGCUGCAAACUGACUGUUCCUCGCUUCCUGAUGUGCCACUUGGCCUUUUCUGACCUCUGCAUGGGCAUCUACCUGGUAAUCAUAGCAUCUGUGGACAUGCUCACUCGUAGCCAGUACAGCAGCUAUGCCAUAUACUGGCAGACGGGCCUGGGCUGCAGUGCUGCAGGCUUCUUCACGGUGUUUGCCAGUGAGCUGUCAGUGUUCACAUUAACAGCGAUCACACUAGAGCGCUGGCACACAAUCACAAAUGCCCUGCGGCUCGAUCGUAAACUUCGCCUGAGACAUGCAUGUAUUGUCAUGACAGCAGGCUGGAUUUUCUCCUCUCUUGCCGCUUUGCUGCCCACAGUUGGGAUCAGCAGCUAUGAAAAGGUGAGUAUCUGCCUCCCUAUGGACGUGGAUCAUCUGGUGUCUCAGGUCUAUGUGGUGUCUCUCCUCCUCCUCAACAUCCUGGCCUUUUUCUGUGUGUGCGGCUGUUAUCUCAGCAUCUACCUGACCGUCCGCAACCCCUCAUCAGCACCGGCACACACCGAAACCUGCGUCGCCCAACGCAUGGCCAUCCUCAUCUUCACUGACUUUGUCUGCAUGGCUCCCAUCUCCUUCUUUGCUGUGUCAGCCGCCCUCAAGCUCCCUCUCAUCACCGUCUCAGACGCUAAAAUACUGCUGGUCCUCUUUUACCCGAUCAACUCCUGCUCCAACCCCUUCCUGUACGCCUUCUUCACCCGCACUUUCAGGCGGGAUUUCUUUCUCUUCACAGCUCGCUUUGGCCUGUUUAAAACCCGGGCGCAGAUUUACCGGACAGAGAGUUCCUGGACCUCUCCAAAGACCAGCCAUGUUACGCUGUACUCCUUGGCCAAUACAUUAAGUCUAGAUGGGAAACAAGAGUGCUGACUGUCAUUCAAAAAUCCACAGAUACAGACUUUUUGCUAGAUGUUAAUAUAUUUCUCUCCCCACAGUAGUCCUUUUUCUCUUAGGCAAAUACAUAAAAUUCCUCUUAGGUCUAAUGGAGAUAUUGACAGAAUAAAAUGCACCCUUAAAGUUACAAGAAAUGAAGAGGUGCCCUUGUUGUGGAGACACCGAACAGACUGCUAAAUCCUCAAUAUGAUGCCCCAACUCAUUAUUCUUAUUCUUUGGACUUUGGAUAUGAUCAAAUUUUGUUGAUUUUCAUGUACCUCCAAUAUGUCCAGUAUCUUUGGCUAGCACAUCAGCCAUUGGCUCUUCGGGUCUGACCUCUGACCUGCAACAACACAGGCCACAAGUGUCCUUCUGAAACCAUGUGUAUCCCAGGGUAAAGACUACUGUAUGUACAGUGCAUACAGAAUUCCAAGUAAAGAUAGCUACAGAAUAACUGCAGAUGCUUUGACCAAAUCUAGGUUAAAAAGCUGUCCUAGAUAAUUCCUUGCGUUUUGUUUUAACUUGAUUGGAACGCCAGAUGGGUGGAGUUUACUGCAUCAUAGCAAUUGAGAUCACAAGUAAAAGUGGAAAGAGCAGAGGAAGGUGAGUACACUGAUUUUACUUUCAUGCAUUGUCUUGUGUAACAAAUGCCAUCCAUCUGGUGUCUCGGGAUAAUUAAAUAAACUGAAGUACUUUGAAACAGUUUAACAAAGGUUUGACAGUCAGGAUGUUGUCAUAUAAUAUGCACAUCAAGAAAUUAACAUUCAUUUAGCAUUCAAUGUUAUGAUUGAAUGAUAUUCAUUAAGAAACACACUGCAGGGACCUACUGAUUAAUAAUCUCCACAUACACUCUGUCUGCUGUUGCUCACCAUGCCUCCACAUCCCUCCUACCCUUCAGUUCAUCCUAAAAUGAAGGACAUGUAAUUAUCUUUGUAAUGUAAUGACGUUUAUCGUUUGUAAAUGGAAGUAUUAAGUGCCACUUUUUUUUUUAAAUCUGUUUUCUACAAAAUAUAUCUUUUUGAUGUUUUUCCAUGUCA